CUCUCCUUCUUCUUCUUCUUCUUCUUCUCUCUGUCUCUCCCUGUGACUCCACGACUCGAAUCGCACAAAGCUAUUAAUACUCGCCGGCCAUUUUACUCCGUCUAACCCAAUCGCAUCACUAAAUGUGAGCCAACUCCUCGCCUUAAUUCAGCUCCCUCUUUCCUCUUUUGUUAUUUCUCCGGCGAUCGCCAAAACGCCACCGUUUUCGUGUUUCGUGCUGUUGUUUGUUUUUUCUUCGUGGAUUGUGAUUUGAGCUCGUCGGUUGUUUUUACCGUUAGUAGUGUGUGAUCGUGGCCGAAUACCGGCGAGAUAGGUGCAAAUUGAGCUUAUCAUCUGAGUCAUGCUGGAUCUUAAUCUCACCGCGGCGGGGUCGUCGGAGCAAGACUUCGUCGUCGGAGCGUUGUUCACGGAAGCCUCCGGCAGCGCCACGCAGAUGGACGAGUCCGGGACCUCGAACUCGUCCGUCGUCAAUGCCGACGCCUCCAGCACCAACGACGACUCGUGCGGAGCCAUGACGACGCUGAACUUCGAUAUUCUCAAGGUGGGCGGCGGAGGAGAGGAGGAGGACGACGGCGUUUUUGUGACCAAGGAGCUUUUUCCGGUGAACAGUUGGCCGGUGGCGGGGCAGGGGCAGCAGUGCUCGCCGGCGAGGCAGAGCUUGAUCGAGCUUGGUUUCGAACACGGUGGGCUGAAACAGCCACAACCACAACCGCCGCCGCCGCUGCAACAGCCGCAGGUGAAGAAGAGCAGGAGAGGGCCGAGGUCUAGGAGUUCACAGUAUAGAGGGGUCACUUUUUAUAGAAGAACAGGGAGAUGGGAAUCGCAUAUUUGGGAUUGUGGCAAGCAAGUGUAUUUGGGUGGAUUUGACACUGCUCAUGCUGCUGCUAGAGCCUACGAUCGAGCUGCUAUUAAGUUCAGGGGAGUUGAUGCUGAUAUCAAUUACAAUCUGAGUGAUUAUGAGGAGGAUAUGAAACAGAUGAAAGAUUUGAGUAAGGAAGAAUUUGUGCACAUACUUCGUCGGCAGAGCACUGGUUUCUCUCGGGGGAGCUCAAGGUAUAGAGGGGUUACACUGCACAAAUGUGGUCGUUGGGAAGCUCGAAUGGGACAAUUCCUUGGCAAAAAGUAUAUAUAUCUUGGACUAUUCGACAGUGAAGUAGAAGCUGCAAGGGCUUAUGACAAGGCAGCUAUCAAAUGUAAUGGAAGGGAAGCUGUCACCAACUUUGAGGCAAGUACUUAUCAAGGGGAGAUGCUAUCAGACGCUGGAAAAGAAGAUGGAAACCACAAUCUUGAUCUCAAUUUGGGAAUAUCUCCCCCUUCAUUUGGUAAUGGCCAAAAGCAAGUCGAGGGGCAGCUUCAGUUCCAUUCUGGCGCUUAUGUGGGGCAAAAUGGAAAGAAUAUGAGGAUGGAGCACAAUGCAAACGCAACAAUGAAUGCUCCACCUUACAAUGGUGUAAUGAUACCAUCAGAGCACCCUCCUUUAUGGAAUGGUGUAUGUCCUAGUUUAUUUCCAAAUCAGGAAAGAGCAACAGGGAAGUCAAUUGCAUUAAGAUAUCAAGGGCCUCCCAAUUGGGCUUGGCAAAUGCAUGGCCAGGUCAGUGCCUCCCCAAUGCCACUGUUCUCUACUGCAGCAUCAUCAGGAUUCUCAUAUACAGCUACCACUCCGCCCGCUGCUGUUCUCCCCUUAGUCCCCUCAAGCCCAGCCGCCCGCAAUCUCUGGUUUACAUCUUCAGCUACUGCCAGUCACCAUACCUCCCAAUAAAACCACUACCACAUUGAAGCCAUCGUAGCCGAUUGUCUCCAUCUAUUUGAAGUGCAUCCACAACAAACCGACUGGCAGUCCUUUCGAUUCUUUGUAUGAUUCAAAUAGAGAUUGAUACAUAAACAAACACCACACCACGCCACACCACACCACAACUCGACUCUGACUCCAUGUUUAUCACAACCUCACUCUGAACUCUUUGUAUUUUUCAAUGAACUUUGUUAUAGCUGACCUGAGCUCAAAUGUAAAGUUAUUAUGGUGGCGCUCAUAUUCUAGCCAGCCUUAUAGGACUGGCACAUUU